AUGGACGAAGCGACGCCACUCAUCGCCGCGAGCGAUGGCGGCUGGGGCGACCUGCGCGCCGAGGCGGCGGCCAUCGGCGGCAUGGCGUGGAAGGUGAGCCUCGCGACCUUUUGCCGGCUCUGCGUCACGACCAUCUCGACGGCCUUCCUCGGGCACCUCGGCACGAAGGAGCUCGCGGCCGGCGCGCUUGCCGGCUCGUUCAUCGGCGCACUCCGCGUGCUCAACUGGGCGUUUGCCGUCUCCAUCUGCACCCUCUGCGGCCAAGCGUACGGCGCCAAGAACUACGAGCUCGUCGGCACGUGGUUCCAGCUCGGGCUGCUCGGGCUCACGCUGCUCUCGGUGCCCGUGAUAGUGGUCUAUUUCUACGUCGGCGACAUCAUGUCGAUCGUGACCGACGACGUCGAGCUCCUCGCGCUUGCCGACACGUACGCGCGCUACUCGGCGCUCUCGGUGUGGCCCCAAGCCAUCUACGUCGCGCUGCGGCAAUACCUUCAAGCACAAGAGAUCCUGACGCCGACCACGGUCAUUGAUACGUGGAGCGUCGGCGUCGUCUUUGGCGCCAACUACGUUCUGAUCUACGGCGUCGGGUCGUUUGCCGGCCUCGGCUUCAUCGGGAGCCCGCUCGCGGCCCUUGUUGCCGCGGUCUUCCAACCGACCGCGCUCUUUCUCUAUGCGUUCGUGUACAAGGGCUACCACAAGCGCACGUGGGGCGGCUGGUCCAUGGCGGUGCUGAACCCAGCGUACGUGGCCCGGUUUGCGUCGCUCACCGGCGCCAUGUUCCUCAACCUGGCGCUGGACGAGUGGGCGUACAACGUUGUGGCGAUGGUCGCCGGCGCGCUCGGCGGCAUCAACCUCGCGGCCAACAGCAUCGUCUUCAACAUCUGGAUGCUCGGAUACGGCGUCUUUGCGGGCUUUAGCCUCCCGAUCCAAGUGCGCAUUUCGCAUGCGCUCGGUGCCAACCAGCCGGCCGACGCCAAGCGUACGCUGCUGGUGGGCUUCGUGCUCGGCGCGCUCUCGUCCACUGCAACGGUCCUAGGCGUCGUGCUCUUUGGUCGGUCGCUCGUCGGCGUCUUCACCAGCGACGAGGCUGUCGUCAAUGUCAUUCUGAGCAUCCUCCCAAUCUUUGGGCUCGCGAUGGCCUUCUCGAGCUUUCACGUUUUCUUGUCCGCGGUCAUCGAAGCCAUGUCGCUGGCCUCGACGCUGGCGGUCAUCUCGGGUGUUGGCUCCUGGUGCGUGCUCCUCCCAGCCUCGUACCUCUUUGGCCUGACGCUAAACGGCGGCCUCGCGGGUCUCUGGUGGGGCAGUGUGCUCGGGGAAGGCGCCAAGUUUGUGCUCAUUCUGCUCGCUUUGCAGCGCCUCGACUGGCGCGCAAUUGCCGCGCAGAUUGCGGCGGCGCAAGAAAGCUCGGCCAGCGAUGGCGACGACGAGACGCCACUGCACAAGGCACUGGAACUGGAUCUCCACAGCCCCGCAGCCGCCGCGACCCCAGCCUUUGUCUAAACAUGACAAACGUACAAUCGAUACUCAUACAGCAGCAGACCUCGAUUUGCAGUGGACUGUGGGCGCAGGUGGGAGCAGAGGAUAACAAGAUUCGCAAAUCGAAUACCAU